CCCUCACAUGUAAACUUGCAUAUUUCAUUUUAGUAUCCUCAGUACUUGAUAGAACUUAAAGAAUCGAUUACAUCUCGCAAUCAAACUUGUAUGAUUGUUUUUAUCAAAAUCAGGGAAAUCGAUUUUAGGUGUUGGUGAAUUUCCAAAAGGCUAAGAUUCCAGGUUAAGUUCUAUCUAAAUUCACUCCCACAUUACUAUCCUGCUCUUCGAAAUGCAGAGUUAAGAGGAAGCCUUACCACUGUACUCCCACUCAUUAUUCGUUGAUGCUCAGGGUGGAAUCUAGGGUUUUGAUCACUCAAUUCAUUAUGAAACUGUUUGGGGCAUUGAUGUUCGCAGUUUUCUACUUUGGGUAUUUGCCCCAAGGAGUUAACUCAACUCUUUCUGCAAGACCUAGAGUGGUGAACAUUGGGUGUGUUCUCACGUUGAGAACGGAUGUUGGUAAAAUUGCAAAAUCGGUAAUAGAAACUGCAGUAGAAGACAUCAAUUCUAAUCCAGCUGUUCUUGGAGGAACAAAGUUGAAUAUCUCCAUCGUUGAUGACAGUAACAGUGGAUUGCUGGGGAUAGUUGAAGCUAUACGCUACAUGGAGACUGACACUGUGGCCAUAAUUGGCCCCCAAUCUUCAGUCAUAGCUCAUGCGAUUGCUCACAUUGCAAAUGAGCUCCAUGUCCCUCUAUUGUCUUUUUCUGCCACUGAUCCUGCUCUCUCUUCACUUCAGUAUCCAUUCUUUGUCAGGACCUCACCAAAUGAUAUGUUUCAGAUGGCUGCAAUAGCAUCAAUUGUCCAAUACUAUCAAUGGAAAGCAGUGAUUGCUAUAUAUACAGAUGAUGACUCUGGAAGGAGUGGCAUUGAUGCAUUAGCAGAUCAACUAGCUAUGAGGCGAUGUCGGAUCUCUUAUAAAGCACCUCUGAAACCUCAAGCAACAUUGGAUGAAGUGAGGGAUGUGUUAGUUCAGCUGGCUUUAACAGAAUCACGAAUUAUUAUUGUUCACACUUGUCCUUAUAGGGGACUGGAUAUAUUUUCUCUGGCGAAGAAUUUAGGAAUGACAGAAAGUGGAUAUGUGUGGAUUGCUACGAAUUGGCUCUCCACUAUCUUUGACACAAUAGGUCCCCUUUCUUCAGAGGUAAUUGACAAUAUUCAAGGAACUAUUACAUUACGCACAUAUGUUCCGUAUUCAGAGGCAAAGAGGAACUUUGUCUCUAGGUGGAGCAAUUUGAGCAGAAGAGUUGGAACUAAUAGCACUUUUGGGAUGUGCACUUACGGUUUAUAUGCAUAUGACACUGUGUGGUUACUUGCUCAUGCUCUUGAUGCAUUCUUUAAACAAGGUGGAAACAUUUCAUUUUCAAGAGAUCCUAUACAUAGAGGGGGCUUAAAUCAUUAUUCUAUGAAUGUCUUUGAUGGAGGGAAAUUAUUGCUUGACAACAUCUUGAAGACCAAUAUAACUGGUGUGACAGGGCUAUUCAAAUACACCUCAGACAGGGAACUCUAUCACCCUGCAUUUGAAGUUAUUAAUGUGAUUGGAACUGGAAUCAGGAAAGUUGGUUACUGGUCUAAUUACUCUGGGUUAUCAGUAGUGCGUCCUGACUCUAUCUACUCUUAUCCGCCAAGUCGCUUGCGUUCCAGUCAACAACUAUAUCCCAUGGUCUGGACAGGAGAAACAACAAAGAAACCUCGAGGGUGGGCCUUUCCAAACUAUGGAACACCACUGAAAGUAGGAGUCCCUAUUCGAGCUGGCCUUAAUGAAUUUGUUGAACGGGUACCAGGUACUGAUAUCUUCAAAGGGUACUGUAUUGAGGUCUUCACAACUGCACUAAACUAUUUGCCAUAUGCUGUACCAUUUAAAUUUUUCCCCUUUGGCGAAUCAAACUAUACAGAACUUGUGGGCCUAGUCACUGAAGGGGUUUAUGAUGCAGCUGUGGGUACCAUUGCUAUCACAAGUAAUCGGACAGAAAUGGUUGAUUUCACUCAGCCUUUUACUCAGUCAGGCUACGUUGUGGUGGUACCAGUUAGAGAGAGGGGCUCUAGUGCUUGGGCUUUUCUUAGGCCAUUUACUCCUAUGAUGUGGUGUGUCACCGGAAUGUUUUUUCUUCUCAUUGGUGCAACGAUUUGGAUUUUGGAGCAUAGAAUGAAUAAUGAUUUUCGUGGACCUCCUAGAGAGCAAAUUGAAACUAUUUUUUGGUUUGGGUUUUAUACAUUCUUCUCUGCCAGCAGACAUAACACUGUCAUGCUUGUCAGCACCUUAGGCCGCCUUGUCUUUCUGAUGUGGCUAGUUGUGAUUUUAAUAAUCAACGCUAGUUACACUGCCAACCUUACCUCAAUCCUCAUGGUUCAUCAUCUUUUUUCCCCAAUCGAAGGAAUUGAAAGUUUGUUAACAACAAAUGACACCAUUGGUUACCAUCGUGGUUCAUUUAUUCGCAACUAUCUGAUUGAAGAACUUGGCAUUCAUGAAUCCAGGCUCAUUCCUUUUAACGUGACAGAAGAUUAUGCUAAAGCUUUAAGAGAUGGUCCUGAAAAAGGUGGUGUUGCUGCUGUGGUAGACGAGCGUGUUUAUAUGGAACUCUUCCUCUCAACCCACUGUGAAUUCUGCAUUGUAGGCUCAGAGUUUUUCAGAAGUGGAAUGGGAUUUGCCUUUCCGAAGGCCUCUCCUCUGGCAGUUGACAUGUCAACUGCAAUUCAGGAAUUGUCAGAAAAUGGAGAGCUUCAAAGGAUCCAAGACAAGUGGCUGUUAAGAGGUGCUUGCAAAUCACAAAACACAGAGCUUGAAGUGAAUCAGCUUCACUUGAAGAGCUUCUCAAGGCUGUUCUUAAUAUGUGGAUUUGCAUGCCUUUUUGCCCUUCUAGUGCACUUCAUGUUUGUAAAUAAAUAAAUAAUGUUCUUGAAUUAUAUAUAUAGGCUAAUUUCAAGUGCA